UGCAUAUAUACCGAAUAGAGAAACGAAAAAAGUUGUUAAAGAAAAAGAAAUAUUUUUAUGUGAAAGACCUUAAAAAUGGAUUUAAAAUCUUUUGAAGCUUUUAAAGGUAAUUCAAUAAUGAAGGCAUCGUCAUCAUUUCAAAACCGCAGUGGUGUUAGUUCUCAAGGAUUUUCAUCUAGUAAACCAAACAUAUAUAAUUUUGAUGCUCUUUGGAAAGGUUCAGUUAGCAACCUUAUGUCUUCUGAAAAUAUUACUGAAGAUCUUAUUAAAGAGAGUAUAAAAGAAUUAGAAAAUGCAAUGCAAGAAUCAAGAAAAAUGCUAAUUGAUCGAGACGACGAAAUAGCUAAAUUGCGUUUGUAUAUAAAAAAUAAUGAUAUAAAUGAAGAUGAUAAUUACGGAAAGUUAGCUGACGAAUUAAAAAAGUCUCAAGAAACUGUUGCGUUGUUAGAGUGUCAAAUAAAAGAGCUAGAACAAAAGAACAAAAUAAAAGAGCUAGAACAAAAGAACAAAACUUCAAUCACCAAUACAAAAACGUCUAUUACACAGGAACAAAAACUUCAAAACUUUAAAAAUAACAUUUUUGAAUGUACAUGUGGAUGUGGUUUGGAAUGUAAAGCAUUAAUUGAUUUAUUAGAAGCUAAGCAAACUUUACAAAAAACAAAAGAUAAGUAUGAUAUUUUAAAACGCAAGGUUAGAGAAUUUCGAAAACAAGCUGAAAUCAAUCACAAAAAUGCUUUACGUUUAUCGGCCCCUCCAGAGGAAAAGACUGGUUGUUAUAUCCAAUAAUAAUUUAGAGAAAAAUUUUUUUAGCAA